GUUCACAUGGAAGAUGAGAUAGAUUUACGAUGUCAAGAUAAGCGUUUUCCAACGUACAUGUGGCACUCAAUUCCUCAUUGUUUUUCUAAAAUUUAGAGCCAAAGGAAAAAAAGUAAAGAGCAGCUUGCUCAGUCUCACAUCUCUCCUACUUUCCCUCCUCUUCUCUUCCUCAAAUCAAUACUAAUAAAACAAACCCAACCCUCAUUGAUCCAUUCAGCCCUGAACAGAAGAAAAAGAUCAUCCUAAAGUUAAUAUAGACAUGGCUUCUUGUUGCAACUCCAUGAGACUGGAAGGUUUCUGCUCUUCUGCUUUCAGAUCAUCAAAUGCCUUUCCCGUCCCUUCUUUUUCUUCUCAUCUCUAUACCCAUCGCUUCCCUCUCAAAAAGAUUUCCUUUUCAGUAUCACACUCUCCUUCUUUCACCAUCAAAGCUUCUUCUUCCUCCACCACCAUUGCUGAGCCUGAAGGCAUCAAGAUAAAUUCAGUUCCAACUAAGCCGAUUGAAGGGCAGAAGACUGGGACAAGUGGGCUUCGGAAAAAGGUUAAAGUUUUCAUGCAAGAGAAUUACCUUUCAAAUUGGAUCCAGUCGUUGUUUAAUUCAUUGCCACCAGAGGAUUACAGGAAUGGAGUGUUGGUUUUAGGAGGCGAUGGACGAUACUUUAACCGUGAAGCUGGGCAGAUAAUUAUCAAAAUUGCUGCCGGAAAUGGUGUCCGCAAAAUUUUGGUUGGCCGGGAAUGUAUUAUGUCCACACCAGCUGUUUCUGCUGUAAUUAGGAAGAGGAAGGCCAAUGGUGGAUUUAUCAUGAGUGCAAGCCAUAAUCCUGGAGGCCCUGAAUAUGACUGGGGUAUCAAGUUUAACUACAGCAGCGGGCAACCUGCACCUGAAUCCAUCACUGACAAGAUCUAUGGGAAUACACUUUCUAUCUCUGAGAUUAAAAUGGCUGAGAUUCCUGAUGUUGACCUUUCUCGCCUUGGAGUUACAAAGUAUGGAAACUUCAGUGUUGAGGUUGUAGAUCCAGUUUCCGACUAUUUGGAAUUAAUGGAGACUGUGUUUGAUUUUGAGCUAAUCAGAAGUCUUCUCUCAAGAUCAGAUUUUAGGUUUGCAUUUGAUGCCAUGCAUGCUGUUACCGGUGCUUAUGCAAAACCCAUUUUUGUGGACAAGCUAAGAGCCAGCCCGGAUUCUAUAUCGAAUGGAGUGCCUCUGGAGGACUUUGGACAUGGCCAUCCAGAUCCUAAUCUUACGUAUGCAAAGGAUUUGGUCAAUACCAUGUAUAGUGAGAAUGGACCUGAUUUGGGGGCAGCAAGUGAUGGGGAUGGCGACAGAAACAUGAUUCUCGGUAAAAAAUUUUUUGUCACCCCUUCAGACUCAGUUGCAAUUAUUGCUGCAAAUGCACAAGAAGCAAUCCCAUACUUUACGAGUGGUCCUAAGGGUUUAGCUCGAUCCAUGCCAACUAGUGGUGCUCUUGAUCGUGUUGCCGAAAAAUUGAGUCUUAGUUUUUUUGAGGUUCCCACUGGCUGGAAAUUUUUUGGAAAUCUUAUGGAUUCUGGAAAGUUGUCAAUUUGUGGGGAAGAAAGUUUUGGUACUGGUUCAGAUCACAUUCGUGAGAAGGAUGGCAUAUGGGCUGUUUUAGCAUGGCUCUCAAUUAUUGCAUAUCGGAACAAAGACAAGAAACCAGGAGAGAAAUUGGUGUCUGUCUCUGAUGUUGUCAAAGAACACUGGGCAACUUAUGGAAGAAAUUUCUUUUCUAGAUAUGAUUAUGAAGCAUGUGAAUCUGAAGUUGCCAACAAAAUGAUUGAAUACCUUAGAGAUUUGGUCUCAAAGAGUCAGGCAGGUGAAAACUAUGGAAACUAUGUCCUUCAGUUUGCUGAUGACUUUGCAUACACUGAUCCUGUGGAUGGAAGUGUGGCCUCAAAGCAAGGUGUUCGAUUUGUUUUCACAGAUGGUUCAAGGAUUAUAUUUCGUUUAUCGGGAACUGGUUCGGCUGGUGCUACAAUUCGAAUCUACAUUGAACGGUUUGAACCGGAUGCUUCCAAGCAUGACAUGGAUGCCCAAGUGGCACUGAAGCCAUUAAUAGAUUUGGCGUUGUCUGUGUCAAAGCUGAAGGACUUCACAGGAAGGGAGAAACCUACAGUCAUCACUUAAAAGCACACUCUCUGCUAAACCUCACCUAUCAACUGCCAUCUGAAGUGACUCUAGGAUGGUUGAGCAAUCCUUCAUUCUUGCCCUCUGUUCAGUUUUAUCUUAUGCUAUGUUAGUAUGGCAUUGUGGAAUUGAUUCCAUUAACUGAUGUGAAUUAUUUACACGGAAAUAAAACAUCUAGCUUCUGCUAGAUUCAGUGAAAAUAGAUUGAAAUAGACUCCGUGCAGAUAGCUGGAAGAUGCAUUUUGACCAAUGUGGAAGCUAAUGCAUCUUAUGCAUGGCUUGGCUGAGCCAUUUUUCAUUCGCAAACCAACGUGGCUCAUGCUUCUGUGCGUCUCCUUUUCAGAUGCUGAAAGUGAAAUAUGCGAUUGAUUAAUUGUAGUCGUUUUUGAAAUGAUCCUUUGUUUUGGUCCUUCGUAUGCA